UGGACGAGCUGAUAAAACUUCAGCAAGAGGUGAAGAUGGGCUCUCUGAGUAUAGAUGAUGCUCUGGAUCGAUUCAACGACUGGCAGAGGCUUCAGAAGGGAAUGGAUAGCAUUCAACAGGAGAAAAUACAGCAGCUGAGGGCUAGUAUCAUCAGCAACAGAGAGGAUGAUGAAAGUGUCUAUGAUAAAAUCAGCAUCAUUCAUCACACACCAACUGCAUCUGCAAAUGAGUGUCAAAGAGCGAGUCAGCAAGCGGACACUGAGUUCUACAGUAAACCUAUAAAAGGACAGAAUUCAAAUUUCUUCAGGAAAGCAGACAAACAGUAA